UAAGAACAUGAAUCAUAUCACACCCACACACACUUACACACACUCUGUAUCUUUGGUCUUUUCUAUAUAAAUACGAGAAAUAUGGAAGGUGAAACAGGACAAUGAGUCUGUCAAUUCCAGUUCAAUUCCAUUUCCAAUUCAUUUGCUAAACUUAUUAUUAAUGGGUGGAUCCAAGAAACUCCGGCAAGUUGCCCGGAAACUGCUGCAUCCCUGUGGCUCAUUCUCUUUUCAGCAACCCCAAAUCGACGGUCCUACUGAUAAUUCCGAUGUGGUAGUUUCAGGUGAGGUUGAUGAUUUUCCGGCAACCGAUAAGGUUGAUGAUUCUGAUGACGUCAUGGAAACGGCUGCUGACGUAGAUCCGAGCAAUUCGUCUAAUAAGACCAUGUGUGCAAUCUGUUUAGAAGUCCUAAACUACAGUGCAUGCACAGCUCCAGGCCAGGCUAUAUUUACAGCCCAAUGCUCUCAUGCUUUCCAUUUUGACUGUAUCGCCUCCAACGUCCGCCACGGUGGGGUCACCUGCCCUAUAUGUCGGGCCCAAUGGACCCACCUGCCGCGAAACUUAAAGCUCCCACCUUGCAGUUUUCUCUAUGGCAACCAAACCGCUGACCCCGCCCUCCAAAUCCUCGACAACUCAAUUGCCACUUUCAGAGUUCACAGACGCUCAAUCCUACGCGCAGCACGCUAUGAUGACGAUGACCCGAUUGAACCCAGUCACAAUCUUGACCAUCCGCGUCUUCAUCUCUCCAUAUCAUCUGAACCGUUUGGAUCCUCUUCGUCUUCAGAACCUGGUUACAGACUCUGCGUAAGACUAGCCCAUCAGCCCGCUAUUGAUUUAGUAUUGGUCGCGUGUCCAAACGGGCCACAUCUCAGGCUUAUAAAACAAUCUAUGGCAUUGGUCGUUUUCUCACUUCGACCCAUUGACCGUUUAGCUGUUGUCACAUACUCAUCCGCUGCAGCACGCGUGUUCCCUCUAAGACGCAUGACAUCAUAUGGUAAACGCGCUGCACUUCAGGUAAUCGACCGGUUGUUCUAUAUGGGGCAAGCGGAUCCAGUUGAGGGGCUAAAGAAAGGCGUAAAGGUGUUAAUGGACCGCGCGUAUGAAAACCCUCAAUCGUGUAUUGUUCAUCUGUCGGACAACCCUACAAGACCGUACCAUGGGUUUGACGCAGAAGUGGGGAUCCAGAUUCAUCGGUUUCAUGUUGGGUAUACGUUUGGGGCGUCAAACGGGUUCGUGAUGCACGAAUUCGAGGUGUUUUUAGAUAGAGUGUUGGGGGAUAAAGUAAGAGACAUUCAGCUGAGGAUUAGAGAAGAUGGUAGGGUUGUUAGACUUGGUGAACUUAGAGGUGGGGAAGAAAGGAGAAUCCCAUUAAAUAUGAUCACUACAGGAGGAGGGAAUGUUAAGACUUGUGUGGAGUAUACUUACGUCGAAGAUGGCGUGCGCGAAUGUAUGAGAACAGGGGAGGUUGUGGUUGUAUAUGGGGAGAAAAGGGAGGAGGGCGGUGGCGGAGGUGGUGGUGAAGAUGAAGAGGGUAGAAGUAGUAAUGCUGGAAGUUGGGACUACCAUGACCCUUAUAUGGCUAGAAGAUGGGCUAAACAUUUGCAUGCUUACAGAAUCUGAAAACAUUACAACUUACAAGACUUUAGUUUGCUAUUGAGUUUUGUUAAUGUUAACUUUGUGAAUUGUCAUGUGUAAGUGUAAAAACUAAAGGCAUGUUGCUUAUAUAUAUUUUAAAAAAAAAGUAUUAUUUGAAAUAACCA